UCGGAACAAAUGCUGCUUUCCAAGCAGCAUCUUUUUCAUGAACGUCUCUGAACACAAAGCCAAUGCCUGUGCCCUGACGGAAAAUGUGCGACCCAUGAUGAAUGCAAGCUACGACAAUGGAGUGAUGCCAAAUGACUGUUGAUCUACAAGUUAUACCUCAAGCGGGAAUGAAAGAAUUCCACUGACUAAGCUUCAAUUAUCUCAGGAAAUAUAUUCGUCACAAUUGGGAAAUUUGCAAAGUAUGCCUGAGCUGACAUCAGAAUGAUCUUUUUACAUCUUCAUGAAUGUGUGACUUACCCGUGUCCAUUUGUGUUUGACUGGCAGGUUUAGAUGCUCGUGGUUUCCUGUUUGGGCCUCUUCUUGCCCAGCGGCUGGGAGUUGGUUUUGUCAUGGUCAGGAAGAAAGGAAAACUUCCAGGGGCCACCGUGUCUGUGGCAUACAAUUUGGAAUAUGGGAAGGCAGAAGCAGAGAUCCAAGUGGAUGCGGUGACCCCCGGGCAGAAAGUCGUGCUUCUUGAUGACCUUCUAGCAACUGGAGGUACUCUCUUCGCAGCUUGUGAACUAAUGAAGAAACAACAUGCAGAAAUUCAAGGUUGCAUGGUCGUCAUUGAACUGACUGAACUGAAAGGGUUGGAAGCGCUGGUGAGCGAUGUCUGCCAUCGUGUGGUGAACACUGGUAUUACACAUUUCAAUUGCUCAUCACCAGAAAAUAUUUUUACUUUCAAAAAUGAAUUGAGGACAGCAUGCCUGGGAGUGAGGACAGCAUACGGAUGUUAAAGUGGGAAGGGUAGGUGUGAAAGAAGAUGCUAAAGACACACCCCCAGUAGGUGUCGGUGGAUCGUGCAAAACAACAGAGUGAAAAUGGCACCUACAAAGACACACGCAAACAAAGCACGGUUUAAACUGAAAGCUGUCAGUUACACAGAAGACCAGGGGAAUCACACAGCCGUGAGAGAAUUUAAGAUCAACUAAUUCAUGGUGCUUGGUGCUUUUGUUUUAUGAAACGGCACCGUCUAUCCCUCCGGAAAUGGACGACCGUGGCACAGCAACAUCCGUCGGAUUACAAGGAAAAGGUGGCCAACUUCCACUCCUACUGCAGUAAAAAGUGUAAUGUUCUGCGUAGAGG